AUGUUAUGCGGCAUGAGAUGCUCGAAGUGCUGGGAGUGUCCUGUUUGUUCUAGUACGUUGACCCCAUGCAUAGCCAAUCCCAGCUCUAAGGAGCAAACAUAUCAUUUUGCAUGUAGUUUCUGUCGAUGGAGUUCUCGUGGUCGUCAAGAGGCCGAGAAGCCAGAGCAGCUGAUCACACAAAUCGUCGCUUUAGAAAGGGAGAGCGAGCCGCGACAGAGAAUGCUCGCAAUGGUCGAGGCAUUUCGCACCAAGGCACAAGAUCAACAGCGUGAGAAGGAAUUGGCACAACGGUUGAAACGACGGUCGCUGACUCGAACAUCUUUUUCAUCUGCUUCUUUGACGGCUUUCGCUGCGCGCCGUUUUAGUUCAGCUGUAUCGAUGCGAGGGAGCACGCGCUUGUCUGCAAUGGGCAGCUCGGUCCUUUCCUUUGGAAGUGGAGAGCUGGGGAAGAAAGUCUCAGGCCCGUGGAGCAUCGACAACUUAGAAGCCAAGCUCGUUGAGCAAAGUGAAAAACAGAAAGAUUUGCGAGCUGACGCAUCCUUGGCAGUGUCUGCCAAAGAGGCGCAGGAGCCUGGGUCAGACGCAGGGGCCAAAGACAGCCCGGCGAGACGAUUCAGCUUCAGUGGCCAUGCUUCGUCUGACGUUCCUGUCUUGGCGGGCUUGUCUGUUCAAGAAAUCAUGCGUGCGCACACAGAGCCUUUGGCGAGACUACCGGGCCGCACUUUGUUGGCCGAGCUGCAAAGCAGCAUCGAUUCAGAUGCAAGCAUAGACAGUGAAAGCGCUGGCGACUGUGCGUCGCUUGGAAUGCGUUUGCUUCAAGUUUCUUACGGUUAUCAUGGAAUUCCAUCGGAUUCUGCAAAGCCGCAGCUUCAGAAUAUUCUUCGCAGAGGUCAGUCGCAGUUGGAAGCUCCAUUACAGCACAAGAAUGCUUGGAAAUUGCUCCCUGUUCGGAAGCCAUUGUUAACCAAGCGAUCACGCAGGUGCAAGUUGGUUUGCAAGCCUGUAGGCGAAUCUGAGGUGGCGAAGAUCUGUAAGGGACUGGUUGUUAAACCCAAAAUCAACCCGUGUGCAAAUCCACCGUUUCAGAAGAACAGUGUGGCUUCCGCCAUUCUUCCACGCAUCAUUCCCUGGAGCUGUGGACCUGGACCCGGUGAGGGUGACAUAAGCCUGGUGUUCAUCAUGGUAAAUCCUAUGGACACGGAUGUUGAAAUCGAUUUCGAUCCCAUGGCGUUCAACAAAGAAGCCACGAAUCUUAAGGAGACUUUUGCCACGAAGCCUUGGCAGAGCUUGCUCGCGGGACAGUCCGUUCAUGUUUCGACACCGGCAUUUUCGACCAUUAUUCCCAAGUGCCUUGAUGAAGCAUCGAAUGUUUUCGAUGAAGAUGUCAACCAAUGUGCUGGUAAAGACAAGCCCGAGAUAAUUCUGCAGCGGAAGAUGAACAAGAUUUUGGUGCGGCUUUGCUUCCACAAGAAGCAGACUAUCACGACUUGGGAAUUCUUCACAUACUUGAAGAUGAAGUUUCAAGUUUCUUUUAGUGACACAGACACGAAAAGUCACGAGGUAGAGCUUGUCCUGCGCUUCGGGCCAGAGUGUCCGAUAGAUUUGCCGCAACAAGGACCGAGCAGUGCAAAACAAGUCUGA